AUGGCGGUGGCUCUACCAACGGUGCAGUCGAACGCGUCGCUGUAUGUGGGGGACCUGCAUCCGGACAUCAGGGAGGCGGAGCUGGUCAGUGCUUUCAUGGAAUUCAAGACGCUGACGUCAGUCCGGGUCUGCCGUGACUCCACCACUGGCCGUUCCCUCUGUUAUGGCUACGUCAACUUUCUCUCCCCCCAGGACGCUAUUCAUGCAAUUGGGGCAAAGAAUCAUUCCAAACUGAAUGGAAAACCCAUAAGGGUUAUGUGGUCGCGUAGGGAUCCAGAGACUAGAAAGAGCGGGGUUGGGAAUGUUUUCGUGAAGAAUUUGGCUGACGCUAUUGACAAUGCUAAGCUUGAAGAAACAUUCAAUGCAUUUGGAAACAUAUUGUCCUGUAAAGUUGCAACAUAUGAUGAUGGGAAGAGCAAAGGAUAUGGCUUCGUUCAAUUUGAUACUGAGGAGUCUGCAAACUCAGCCAUUGAGAAGCUUAAUGGCUUUGCAGUUGAAGGGAAAGAAUUGUUCGUAGGAAAGUUUAUGAAAAAGGGUGACAGAGUCCAAAAUAGUCCGAGUGUGAAAUACACAAAUCUGUACAUGAAGAAUUUGGAUCCUGAGGUGACGGAAGCAAACCUAAAUGAGAAGUUCUCUGAGUUUGGCAAAAUUCUGAGCCUGGUCAUCUCAAAGGAUGACAAUGGUGCAUCCAGAGGCUUUGGAUUUGUGAAUUUUGAGAAUCCAGAAGAUGCUAGGCGAGCGAUGGAAGCCAUGAAUGGAUCACAACUUGGCUCAAAGGUACUGUAUGUUUCCAAGGCACAGAAGAAAGUAGAGCGUGCAGAAUUUCUGCGCCGUCAAUUUGAGGAGAGGAGGAAGGAGCGAAUGUUGAAGUACCAGGAUUCAAAUGUGUACGUGAAGAAUAUUGACGACACUGUCACAGAGGAACAGUUGCGUGAAUACUUUAGCUCCUGUGGUUCAAUAACAUCAGCAAAACUUAUGAAAGAUGACAAAGGAAUUAAUAAAGGUUUUGGAUUUGUUUGCUUCUCUUCUCCUGAGGAGGCCGUUACAGCUGUAAACACCUGUCAUGGAAUGAUGUUCCAUGGAAAGCCAUUGUAUGUCGCCAUCGCCCAAAGAAAGGAUGAGAGGCAGGCUCAAUUACAUAUACAGUAUGCACAGAUAGCCGGAUAUGCAGGCACUUCAGGUGUUAUCCCUGGCGGAUACCAACCUAUGUACUAUACUGCUCCUGCUGUUGUUCCAUCACUAUCUGCGCGACAUGGUAUGAUGUAUCAGCCUAUGGGAAUGAGGCCAGGAUGGAGGCCAAAUGACUUCACAAAUGCAAACAGAGCCGCUUUUCAGCAAUCUCCCGUUCCCUUGGUUCCUAAUGCUCCAAGACACCACAGGCAGAAUAGGGGAAGACAGGGUGGGCAUGUGGUUCCAUCGAACGGAGGUCCAGCUAUCUCACAUGCACCACACACACAACAGGCAAGUGAAUCAACUCCAUCAAAAGAAUUGGGCGAUCAGCAGCGUGGUAAGUUCAACAAUAAUGGUCGUGGCCGAGACAUGAACAGAGCAUCUACUGCAGCCGCAGCUACUGUAGCAACUGCAACUGCAGCAUCUGCAACUCAACCUGUACCUGCUGUACCUGUGGUUGCUGCACCUGUGCAAGAGGGGUCAGAAAUGCUGAGUAGCAUGCUUGCGGCAGCAUCUCCUGAGAAUCAGAAACAAAUGCUAGGGGAGCGUCUUUUCCCUCUGGUCAGCCAGCAGCAGCCUGAUCUUGCUGCAAAGGUUACGGGUAUGCUUCUUGAGAUGGAUAACUCUGAGCUGCUUCUUUUACUGGAAUCACCGGAAGCCCUGGCUGCCAAGGUGGAUGAAGCUGUAGAAGUGUUGAAGGUGUCAAAGCCAAAAGUAUCAAGCAGCAGCCAAGAAGCACUUCAGCCUAGUUUCCUUUCAGCUGGUGUUGCUGUCAACUGA